UAGGCGCAAUUUUUUUUUCGUUGUCAACUUGAGCGGCGUUAGUGGCGCGACCAAGCGGGCUUUUAGCACAGAGUCGGUUCUAGGGACACGGUCCGCGGUGUACUUGGUCGGAGACUCAGGAUAUAGGCGUCUGGUCAACUUCGGGGAUUUAAGGAUAACAGGGACCAAGUGUAAUAUACAGGACGACACGAGUGACAAUUACACCGAGUUAAAUAUUGGAUUUCAUCAACAGAUAAACCUCAAAUGGUGAAGAUUUCAAAACUGCAGUCGAUUAUACAAAUAGAACAUAAAAGAACUUAUAAAGUUACUUGAUUUUAAAUUAAAAUAAAGCGAUUUUCUAUUCUUGACCAUCACACUUGUCAUUGGGAAUAUAUUUCUACCUACUACCUCACACUGAAAUAUAUAGAGAAAAGAUGAAGUUCCUAGUUUCUGUUGGGUGUUUGAACCUUCUAAUAUCUGCAUGGACUCUAAUAGUUGCAGCGGAGGAGCUGGAAAACAAAUGUAGCAACCAGGCUGUGAUGGCCGCUAUGGGAUCGUGCCAAGAGGAGCGCCAAAAACUCUCCGCCGCCAGCCAGUCCAACAACACGGUGGAGCUAUGCAGCGCCCUCCAGCAGUACACAGAGUGUAUGGGGCCGAAGAUUGAAGGGUGCCAGGGCGCGGCCAAGGUGGCCUUUGACGUCAUCACCAGCAAGUACACGAGCGAGCCCUACAACUGUCAGCUGAGGGAGUCUAGUGUGGCCAGAGACGAGAGGGUAGACGAAACAAAUGUGAAGGUCCAAGACCCACCCGUGGCCCUGCCCAACAAACCAACUGACCACGGGGACAGCAAGGAAGAACAGAACGACAGCAACCACGCCUCACUACAACACCAAAAACCUAUCACUGUCGACAUUGUUGAAACCACGCCCCACACAACGGCUAAAGUCGGGGACUCCCAUUCAACAACCGUGGCCACGCAUGAUGGGACGUCUCACAAUGUGUCACACAAGAAGAUCUUCAACCCUUCAGACAAUAGCGGGCCCAGACAAUACUCCAGCACGCUGCUGACAUUGUGUUUGAUGGCUAUGUUUGUCUCAAUAGUUUUCUGAUCAAUUUUAAAUAUAAGGUAGCUUCCAUAAGUCAUGUUGCA